UGUCUGUCAUCAGAGGGCUUCCUGCUUCCAUAUGGCUGGAGCUGCAAGAGGCCUGAAGAAAGCUCUGCCAUGGUUUCCGCGUUCCAGUGAAGAUCACCCGGAGGAAGACGAAGGCAGCAAUGAGAGGCGAGGCUUGCUGAGAAGCCACCUGGAACAGGUUGUGCCGAUCACUGAUCUCGACGAGGAGCUCGCGGCGUCAGAUGCGAAAGAACCAAAGACAGUAGCACUGAAGGUGUCUAUGCACUGCCAUUGCUGCGCGAGGAAAGUUGAGAAGCAGAUCUCGAAGAUGGAAGGAGUGGUGUCUUUCAAGGUGGAGCUGGAGAGCAAGAAGGUGACCGUGGUGGGCAAUGUUAACCCCAUGGAAGUGCUGGAGAGCAUCUGCAAGGUGAUGAAGUAUGCACAGAUUUUGGCGGCUGUCUAGUGGCCUGUGCAUUUGUUUUGCCAACGUGUCACACAUGUUUAUCGGAUGAAUUUCACAAUUGUAAUCUUUUAUCGAGGGGCUUUUAAUUUUUUGCCACUCUUUACGGAGUUUAAUCCGCGAGAGGUAGUGGCAAAUUUGUUAUCACUGGGUAUGUAAGAGUGACAAAAUGUUAAAUUUCCCAUUUAUUGAGAUAAACGACUCUUCAAUCCAAGGCUGAAAAAUGUUCUAAUUCAGAGGGUAAACGAGUA